AUGGCUAACCUAUACCUAAUGCAGGCCUUGUACGCCCCGAAGCCACCGCUACGUACACCUACGCCUGAAGCUUCUGCGAUCGAUGGAGGUGAGAUGCGUCAGCCGCGAAAGUCUGCAACGCCCGAGCAGUUGAUACACGAUGCGCGCCGCAAGUUGAUGGAGUCUGAAGAACAGCCCGAGCCGGAGUCGAAAGUCGCCGUGCGCUGGAAACCAACUGGCGCCAACGUUCAGCCAGUUCGUAUCAAGGACGAAUUCCCUCACUCCGACGCUGCAGAAACAUUCCUGGAGUCGCUCCCGUCCUUUCCCGGCAACAUCGCUGCUACGCCUUCUUCGCCUUUGCCGAUGAGACUACCUGCUGGUCUCAUGUAUCCGAUCGAGCGAUACCUCCCACCUGCAGGACUCUACUACGACCAGAACUCUCUCAUUCCCAUCUUUGGCGCGGUAUUCUUCAAAUACGCGCCCUGCAUGAUCUGUUGGACCUGCCACCCCGCCGCAGGCUACUCGACCACGUCUUGCGGCAAGGUAUGCAAGGUCUGCCGGACCCGUCGCCACCCCGACGAGGCCUACUACAAAGACAAGUCACGCCCGAAGGCGAUGACACGGAAUAUGUUUGAAGAAGAUAAGCCGCGUCGCUCAACCAAGCCAUCUCAAGCUGGCCAUUCCCGAAGCGGGCCUUCUCUCGUGGACACCGCGCCUCCUCAGCAACCACUUCCGGCGCCGAUGACAUACACCAUGCCGAUGACAUUGGUGGACCGCACCCUUGAUCCGCGUCUUCAAGGUCGCAGCUCCUUGAGUGCGCCAACGCGAUCAACAGCCACACAGCCCGAUGUCACCACCGAAAACAAGGAUGUACCGGAUAACGAGAAGAAGCUUCAAGAGCAGGAGGUCGAGAUUCUGAACUUGAGGAUGCAGGCAGUUGUGAAGGAUCGCGAGAUUCGGAAGCUUAGGGCGGAGCUCGAGCAGCUGCACGCCCAAGCUGCUAACAGCGGUGGCGCAUACUAG